AGCUACAAUGAGUCACAAGCAUCGACGCCACUUUGGCUAACAAGGGACAGAUAAUACCGUUCGAAGAUCCACAGGCCUGUCAGACAAGACCUGAACUCUUCCAACAGUUUGUCUAGUGGUUUUGUGGUGAGUGGGAGGCCUACUUUACAGUGAUGGAGCAGUGUGCAUGUGUUGAACGUGAGCUGGAGAAGGUUCUUCACCGAUUUGUCACCUACAGUCAUCAGUCAGAGGAACGAUUGGAUGAGCUACUUCGGAAUGUCUGUGAAUUACGCGCCCAGUUGGUUGCAUUCGGUGUGCAAGAUGCUGAUUUGUCUGUACUUUCACAAACAAUGGCUCAGUGCUGCAAAGAAAUAAAAGAAACAGUGCAGAUGCUAGCCUCCCGACAUAAGGACAUACACGGGAGCGUAUCAAAAGUGGGCAAAGCCAUCGAUCGGAAUUUUGAUGCUGAGGUGAGCGCUGUAGUGGCUGAGACUGUGUGGGAUUCCCCGGAGUUACAAAAGUACCUGAGUGAAACCAUUGUGGAGCACCUGUAUAGACAAGGCAUGCUUAGUGUGGCUGAGGACCUUUGUCAGGAAUCAGGCGUGGUAAUUGAUAUGAGUAUGAAGCAGCCUUUUCUGGAACUCAACCGCAUUUUGGAGGCUUUGAGAAUGCAUGACCUCAGACCAGCUCUCGAAUGGGCAGUGACAAACCGCCAGCGGCUCUUGGACUUAAAUAGUAGCCUUGAGUUUAAGCUGCACAGACUGUACUUCAUCAGUCUACUGAACGGAGGCAUCAGUAACCAGCUGGAGGCUCUGCAGUAUGCACGCCACUUCCAGCCUUUUGCCUCGCAGCACCAAAGGGAUAUCCAGAUCCUGAUGGGAAGUCUGGUGUACCUGCGGCACGGAAUUGAGAACUCGCCGUACCGCAGUCUGCUGGAGACCAACCAGUGGGCUGAGAUUUGUAACAUCUUCACCAGAGACGCCUGCGCACUCCUGGGCCUCUCUGUGGAGUCGCCUCUCAGCGUCAGCUUUGCGUCAGGGUGCAUGGCCUUGCCUGUGUUGAUGAACAUCAAACAGGUCAUUGAACAGAGGCAGUGCAGUGGUGUUUGGACACAUAAGGAUGAGCUGCCGAUUGAGAUUGACCUGGGAAAGAAAUGCUGGUAUCAUUCUGUAUUUGCUUGCCCAAUUCUGAGGCAGCAAACAUCAGAAAGUAAUCCACCCAUGAAACUCAUCUGUGGGCACGUCAUCUCCAGAGACGCCCUCAACAAGCUCACCAAUGCUGGAAAGCUGAAAUGCCCAUAUUGUCCAAUGGAGCAGAAUCCGUCAGAUGCCAAACAGAUUUUCUUUUGAUGCCUCCCUGAAGACGAACAGGGCUAGGAGAUGAAAGCUCGUUGGAGCAGAAAACUGAAUGAUCUUCAUUCACAGGCAUGACAAAGCCUUUUGGUUGAUGGUGUAAAGGUGGUGCAGCCACACCAAACAAUCAGCACCUAUUAGUUUGCAGAAGCCCAAGAUGACGGCAGCGUACCCGUAGAGCCGAAAGUCAGUAAGAGUUUGUCACGAUGGAAGGUCUCAAAGGAUCAUUCAUUCACAUUCAGUUACCACAGCCUGAUGUAAUGGGCUUUUAUAAAGAUAUGCGUGCGUGCGUGUGUGUGUGUGUUUGUGCGUGCGUGUGUGUG